CCAACCGAAGAAGAAGAAGAAACAGGAAGAGGAGGCGCGGCCCUCGCAGCAUCAGCUGACUCCUCGGCUGUUAUUAUUCUAAGCUCCUGCGGUUCGGUUCGGUUCGGUUCGGGCAUCCGAACCAGCAGACCCAAUCCCUCCCUCCUCUUCCUCAGCAUGGCCUUCAUCACCGCUAACUGGAACCCGCUGGGAGACGCCUUCUACCGGAAGACAGAACUUUAUGAGAUGUUCUGGAGCCUUCGGGACGGACUGGGAGACAGCCUGGUGGCUGCAGCGCCCUAUGGAGGUCCAAUCGCUCUCCUCAGAGCACCUCUCAGACGUUCCACCAGUUCCCGUCCCCAGUUGGACAUCUACUCGGCCUCAGGAGUGUCCAUCACCAGCUUCCCUUGGAAGAGCGGUCCGGUGGUCCACCUGGGUUGGUCCGUCAAUGACGAGCUCCUAUGUGUUCAGGAGGACGGGACAGUCCUGAUAUACGACCUGUUUGGGACAUUCAAGAGACACUUCAGCAUGGGACAGGAAGUGGUCCAGAGCCAGGUCCUGGAGGCCAAGGUCUUUCACUCUCCUUAUGGAACUGGCGUUGCCAUAGUAACAGGCUCCUCCCGCUUCACCCUGGCGACCAACAUCGAGGACCUGAAGCUCCGCAGGUUACCUGAGGUCCCAGGUCUCCAGGGGAAGCCGUCCUGCUGGGUGGUCCUGACCCAGGACAGACAGACCAAAGUCCUGGUGUCCAGUGGAGCUGAACUCUAUGUCCUGGACAACACCUCCUGCACUGCUGUGUACCCCCCAGGUCUCAGUCCUCAGGCUGGCAGCAUCGUCCACAUGGCCGUCUCCUUCAGCUAUAAGUACCUGGCUCUGUUCACGGAGGCGGGACACCUGUGGACAGGCCUGUCCAACCUGCAGGAAAGACUGAGCGAAGUGGACAUCAAAAGGACAGCUCCGCCCACACAGAUGGUCUGGUGCCGCAGGCCCAGGUCCCAGCAGCCCUCCGUGGUCCUGAUGUGGGACAGACUCCUCCUGGUGGUGGGAGCGUGUAACGACACCAUCCAGUUCCCCAUGGAGGAGCGCUCGGUGUUGGUGGGGGAGCUGGACGGCGUCCGGAUCAUCGCUCCCUGCAGCCAGGAGCUGCUGCAGGAGGUUCCUCUGGUCUGCCAGGACAUCUUCAAGAUCGCCUCCAUGGCUCCUGGAGCGCUGCUGCUGGAGGCCCACCGCGAGUACGAGAAGUCCAGUCAGAAGGCGGAUGAGUACCUGAGGGAGAUCAAGGAGCAGGACGUCCUGGGAGACGCCGUGCGGCAGUGUGUGGAGGCAGCGGCACACGAGUACGACCCUGACACCCAGAAGGCUCUGAUGAGGGCGGCGUCCUUCGGCAAGUGUUUUCUGACGGACUUCAGUCCGGAGCAGUUCGUGGUGACCUGCAGGGAGCUGCGGGUGCUGAACGCCGUCAGGGACAGCAGCGUGGGGAUGCCGCUCACUCACACUCAAUUCAAACAGAUGACCCUACAGGUGCUGAUAGACAGGUUGGUCUACCGGCAGUUCUACCCGUUGACCAUGGAGGUCUGUCGCUACCUGAAGAUUCCAGACUACCAGGGAGUCAGCCGAGUCCUGAAGCACUGGGCCUCCUGCAAGGUCCAGCAAAAGGACCUGACGGACGAGGCCAUCGCUCGAGCCGUCUGCUCCAAGGUGGGAGACUGUCCUGGGGUGUCCUACUCUGACAUCGCAGCCAAGGCGUACGAGUGUGGCCGUCCUGAGCUGGCCAUCAAGCUCUUGGACUAUGAGGCCCGUUCUGGAGAACAGGUUCCUCUGCUGCUGAAGAUGAAGCGGAGCCAGCUGGCCCUCAGCAAGGCGGUGGAGAGCGGCGACACCGACCUGGUCUACACCGUGGUGACCUACCUGAAGAACGAGAUGAACCGAGGAGAUUUCUUCAUGACCCUGAGGAACCAGCCGGUGGCCCUCAGCCUCUACAGACAGUUCUGUAAGCUGCAGGAGCCUCAGACCCUGAAGGACCUCUACAACCAGGAUGACGACCACCAGGAGCUGGGGAACUUCCAUGUCUCUGCCAGCUACAGGGAGAAGGUGAGCUGCACUCGGACCCGAACUACCCAGUCCGUCCUCAAGUCCAAAUACAGGAACCCUUCUGGACCUUCUAGUCCUGGAGGUCUGGUCUGGACCUCCAGAACCAGAAGAGUCUUCCUGACCCCUCCUGUCCCCCUGUGCCCUGAGCAGAGGCUGGAGGGCCGCUUGGCUCAGCUGCAGAGCGCCGUAGAUGAGUUCAACAAGGCCAAGAAUGACUUUGCUGCCAAGGCCACGGAGGACGAGAUGCGGCUGCUGCGUUACCAAAGGAAGCUGGAUGAUGAGAAGGGGGCGGGGCUUCUUGGGCUGUCCCUGCAGGCCACCAUGGAGGCACUGAUGGCGCUGGGACUGCACAAGCAGGCGGAGCAGAUCUACAGAGACUUCAGGGUCCCAGACAAGAGGUUCUGGUGGCUGAAGCUAAAGUCUCUGGCUGAGAAGGAGCAGUGGGAGGAGCUGGAGAAGUUCUCCAGGAGCAAGAAGUCUCCUAUUGGUUACCUGGCCUUUGUGGAGGUGUGCAUGAAGAACAACAACAGACAUGAGGCCAAGAAGUACGUCAGUAAGGUCACACCUGAGCAGAAGGUCAAAGCUCACCUGGCUGUUGGGGACCUGGAGGGGGCCGCAGACGCAGCCAUCGAGCGCCGCAACGACUCGGAGAUGGGGGCGGUCCUGUCCAGAUGCUCCGCCUCCGACCGCCUGCUGAUGGACAGGUUGACCCGCGCCCGGGCCGGCGCUGCCAGGAAGUGAUGUCACUGAGGAAGCUGCCUGUGGUUGGCUGAGGACUCUUCCUGUCUGAAUAAAGUGGAUCAGAACACGGGCUCCUGGAGCUGGCAGAGCGCCGGCCCGGUUCCCGAUGUUUGGGUUUAAAGACUGGAUGUUCUAUAAUAAAAGUUCUGUUUGUGACCCAGAUUGGUUACAGCUGCGGUUCUGGUGGAUUUGGGUCUAUGAAAGCAUGUCGGUAUGAAUAAAUGAGCUUUUAAAGAAGGGGAA